AUGAAGAGACAAAAGAAAUCAACAACAACAGUAGAUAUUUAUUAUUUGGAAUGCCUCAUUAAUAAACUUAUUCGAUCAAAUACUAAUAAUUCUUUUAAUCCUCAAUGUCUUAAACAUCAUGUUGAUACUCAAUUAAAUAUUACUAAACGAUCUACUUUACGUAAGUAUGAUUCUAAAUUAAUUUAGAUAAACAUAAUCCUGUAUUAAUUGAAAACAAAAUAUAAGCAAGUUCUUUAUAUUAAAAGAAAUCAAUGCAUAUUCAUACAAGACCAUUUUCUGAAGGCCAAAGUCGAAAAUUUCAUCAAAUUAAUAUGGAAGAUUAACCUAUAUUACCAUAGAAAAGCAAUUUAUUAAGAUAAAUAAAGAAUUAAAUGAUGUUUUCUAGAUAAUAAUAGAGUAAACAAGAAAACAGAGAAAAUAGACAAUAAAUAGAGAUAUUUAAUCCUCUAAAAGUAUCAAAGAAACCUAUAAAAACAUUUUCUAUUAAUUUAAAGUCAUCUUUUAAAUAAGUAUCAAAUACAAGCAGAUUAAAUACUGGAUUGAAUCUAAGUAAUUAAAGAAAUUUUUCUCCGAUCAGAACAAUGACUGAUAGGCCUAUUAUUGAUAUAACUGGCUGGCAAACUACAGAAGAUUUAGAAUGGGUUUGA